AUGGUGCUCGUGCUCGUACUCGGUGACAUCCACAUCCCCAUCCGUACCCACGACCUACCCGCAAAGUUCAAGAAACUACUCGUAAGACGCCUUCACGCCUGUGCUCCGCCUCGCACUGAUGCAUCGUCCCCCUCUCUGCCCUCACCCCACACGUGGUUGAUCAACCCUCCGCGCCUUCACUACCCCACCCACUUGCCACCGCACCCCACAGGUCCCAGGCAAGAUCCAACAGAUCCUUUGUACAGGCAAUGUGUGCGAUAAAGAAACAUGGGAAUACCUCCGUAGCGUCGCACCUGACUUGCGAGGCGUCCGCGGCGAAUACGACGAGGUGCGCGUCUCCCUUACGCUUAUCCCCACACCCUCCGACCCAUGGACUGAUUGCCCUCUCCCUCGGUGAACCCGUUCAGAACCCUGCCCUCCCCCCUUCCAUGGUCCUCCAACACGGGCCCUUACGGAUAGGCGUCCUGCACGGCCAUCAAGUCGUCCCCCUCGGCGAUACCGAAGCGCUCAGUGCGAUCGCGAGGAAACUCGAUGUCGAUGUUCUCAUCUCGGGCGCGACCCAUCGGUAAACUUAACCCUCUCAUCUGGCAGGCACACAAAAGUAUAUUCCCGUAGCCUCGUCGAUCGGGCUGACUCUCUUUUACUUCCGAACGUGACCUGCAGAUUCGAAGCGUUCGAAUAUGAUGGCCGGUUCUUCAUCAACCCUGGAUCGGCGACCGGCGCUUUCUCCCCUCAUUGGACACCACCGGCUACGACUACACCGACGACGAUCAACCACCCUUCUACCUCUUCGACAACCGGCGUCGAGUCCACUACCCCCGCGACGACCUCCACUCUGAGCACAGGAACCAAGACUGCGGAAGAAGGUAGACCCGGGUCCGAAGCAACUGCUGCAGGAACGACAGAUCCCAAAGCAGAGGGGAGAACGAACGGUGCAGGAGAAGAAGAAGCAGAGACGGAGCAAGAUCAAUUCAUCGAACCGCCUUCGCCGACACCUUCGUUCGCCUUGUUGGAUAUUCAAGGCAAUGUCGUCGUCACGUUAGUUUCACGCGGCUCCGAGGAGAGUGUUCAAGGAUGGGGGUACUAAUUUUUUUUGGUUUUUUUUUGUUUGGUCGGGGCUCUUGGGGAAAUAGAUACGUGUAUCAGCUUGUGGAGGGUGAGGUCAGGGUCGAAAAGAUUGAACAUCGCAAGGCGUAG